GGCGCUUCUCAUUUCCCUGCGAUGGUUAUCCGGGCAGCAGGGCUGGAGAGACCGCCGGGGAGCAUAGUCGCCAGUCCAGCACCGAGACUCGCCUGGCCAAAAACUGCGCUGCACACUUGCCAGGAUUGCCAAACAUUCCUGAAAAAUAUACCUGCUAUUUAUGGCAUGUGGCUUGUAACUUUACUCCUGCUGUACUCUCUCCGGGAAGUACACAGUGAGGAUGUGGGCUCUACCAGGCUGUACUUUGUGAACGCAUCCCUGCAGAGGCUGACCUACUCCAGCUCGGUGGGGGUGUCUCUGCCCUGCCCGGCGGGCGGCACCCCCACCGCCAUCCUGCGCUGGUACCUGGCCACCGGCGAUGACAUCUACGACGUGCCCCACAUCCGCCACGUCCAUGCCAACGGCACCCUCCAACUCUACCCCUUCUCACCCUCCGCCUUCAACUCCUACAUCCACGACAAUGACUACUUCUGCACCGCAGAAAACCAGGCUGGCAAGAUCCGAAGCCCCAAUAUCAGAGUCAAAGCUGUGUUCAGGGAGCCGUAUACGGUGCGUGUUGCAGACCAGCGCUCCAUGCGGGGCAACGUGGCCGUGUUCAAGUGCCUCAUUCCCACCGCCGUGCAGGAGUACGUCAGCGUGGUGUCCUGGGAGAGAGACACUGUCUCCAUCGUCCCAGGUAACAGGUUCUUCCUGACGUCCUUUGGUGCUCUGUACAUCUCAGAUGUCCAGAAGGAGGAUGCUCUCUCUACCUACCGCUGCAUCACCAAGCACAAAUACAGUGGAGAGACACGUCAGAGCAAUGGAGCCAGGCUGUCUGUCAUGGACCCCACCGAAUCGUCUCCCUCUAUCCUGGACAGUUUCCAGGCGGGGGAAGUGCGGGCUGGUCAGAGUGUGGAGCUCCCCUGCAUGGCAGCAGGGUACCCCAGCCCCACGGUGCGCUGGCUAAAGGACGGGCGUCCGCUGCCCUCUGAUGCACGCUGGACGCGGCGCCUCACGGGUCUGACCAUCAGUGACCUCAGGCAGGAGGACAGCGGUAGCUACGCCUGUGAGGUCACCAACAGCUUCGGCUCGAAGGAGGUGUCCGGAGCACUUUAUGUCAUAGACCCCCUGCGAGUGACCCUCUCCCCUAAGAGUCUGAAGACGGGCAUCAGCAGUACCCUGUUCUUUACCUGUGCUGUGGAGGGUUCGCCAGAGUACACAGUGGCCUGGUACAGGAACACAGAACCUAUAGUCCCAGACCAGCACAUCUCUAUACAGGGCUCCCACAACGACACCCUGCAGAUCACAGCCGCUCAGAAGAGCCACUCUGGGGCCUACCAGUGCUUUGCCUCCCGCAAGGGCCACACCGCCCAGGACUUCUCUAUCAUACUGCUGGAGGACGGCACUCCUCGUAUCGUGUCUUCCUUCAGUGAGCGCGUGGUCGCCCCCGGUGAGCCCUUCUCCCUGAUGUGUGCCUCCAAGGGAGCCCCACCCCCCUCCAUCACCUGGACGCUGGACGACGAGCCUGUGGUGCGAGACUCCGCCUACAAGACCAGCCAGUACACCCUAUCAGACGGCCUGACCGUGUCACAUGUCAACGUCAGCAGCCCGGCCAUCCGUGACGGGGGAGUGUAUCGCUGCGCCGCACGCAACUCGGCCGGUAGCGCCGAGUACCAAGCGCGCAUAAACGUAAGAGGUUCUCCUAGGAUCAGGGAGAUGCGUGACAUCACGGCUGUGGCAGGAAGGAACACCUUUAUAACCUGUCGUGUGAUUGGUUACCCCUACUACUCUAUCAAGUGGUUUAAGGACGGCAUGCUGCUGCCUGACAACCAUCGCCAGGUGGUGUAUGAGAAUGGAACCCUGAGGCUGAGUGAUGUGCAGAAGGGCAUGGACGAGGGUACCUACCUGUGUAGUGUGCUCAUCCAGCCACAGACCUCCAUCGACCAGACUGUCCACGUCACUGUCAAAGUGCCACCCCUGAUCCAGCCCUUUGAUAUCCCCUCCACGUCGGUGGGAAAGCUGAUGUACAUUGCCUGCGUGGUGUCGUCAGGUGACAUGCCCAUCCGCAUCACCUGGCAUAAAGACGGGCAACUCAUCGUGCCUGGUUCCGCCUCUGGUGUUGGCAUAGAGACCAAAGAAUUCAUGAGCUCCUUGCAGAUCUCCAAGGUGACGCUGAAGCACAAUGGCAACUACACCUGCAUUGCUAGCAACGCCGCGGCAACCGUCAGCUGGGAGAGACAGCUGAUCGUCACCGUUCCCCCUCGCUUCGUGGUACAGCCUAACAACCAGGAUGGGAUCUAUGGGAAGGCAGGAGUACUCAACUGCUCUGUGGAGGGAUACCCUCCUCCCAAAGUCAUGUGGAAACACGCCAAAGGUAUAGGGAACCCCCAGCAGUACCACCCUGUGCCUCUGACUGGUCGGAUCCAGAUCAUGUUCAACGGCUCCCUGCUGAUUCGGCACGUCCUAGAGGACGACCGGGGAUACUACCUCUGUCAGGCCUCCAAUGGAGUGGGCUCUGACAUCAGCAAGAGCAUGGUCCUCACCGUCAAGAUUCCAGCCAUGAUCACGUCGCACCCCAACACCACCAUGGCCAUCAAGGGCCAGAUGAAGGAGCUGAACUGCACAGCGCGGGGGGAGCAGCCCAUCAUCAUCCGAUGGGAGAGGGGCGACACUGUCAUCGAUGCUGAGAGGAACCCCCGCUACUCCAUUACCAUCAACAAGAAGGGGGACGAGGUCAUCUCCACACUCAAGCUAAAGCCAGCGGAGCGCGGGGACUCAGUCUUCUUCUCCUGCCAUGCCAUCAACUCAUACGGAGAGGGGCGAGGACUCAUCCAGCUUACCGUGCAAGAGCCUCCUGACCCUCCUGAGUUGGAGGUGAGAGAGGUGAAGGACCGCAGUAUGAACCUGCGCUGGAUCCAGAGGUUCGACGGCAACAGCAUCAUCACCAGCUACGACAUCGAGUAUAAGAACAAGUCUGAUACUUGGGAUCACAAGUACACCACCAGGAACAUCUCCCCCACUAACAACCAGGCUAACAUUGUGGAGCUGCACCCUGCCUGUGUCUACAGCAUCCGCAUGUACUCCUUCAACAGGAUCGGACGCAGCCAGCCUAGCAAGGAGCUCACCAUCAGCACUGAGGAAGCACAACCUGAUGGGCCCCCUAUGGAAGUGAUCCUCCAACCAAUGACGUCUCAGAGCAUACGGGUCACAUGGAGGGCCCCCAGAAAGGAGCUUCAGAACGGGGUGAUCCGGGGGUACCAGAUCGGUUACCGUGAGAACGGGCCGGGCAGUAACGGCCAAUACAGCAUUGUGGAGAUGAAGGCCACAGGGGACAGUGAGGUGUACACCCUGGACAACCUGAAGAAGUUUGCCCAGUAUGGAGUGGUGGUCCAGGCCUUCAACAGGGCUGGCACUGGCCCCUCUAGCACUGAGAUCAACGCUACCACACUGGAGGAUGUGCCCAGCCAGCCGCCCCAGAACGUGCGGGCUAUCUCGGUGACGUCAGACGAAGCGGUGAUCACGUGGGCGGAGCCCCCGCGUCUGACGCUGCAUGGCGUGCUGAAGGGCUACCGUGUGGUGUUCUGGUCCCUCUUCCCCGACGGAGGUGGGUGCUGUGGGGGCCAGGCACAGGGGCCGAUGCAGAAAUGGGGAGAGAUGCAAAACAUCACUACAACUCGUGAGCAGGUGGAGCUGAGAGGGCUGGAGAAGUUUACUAACUACAGUGUCCAGGUGCUGGCCUACACACAGGCUGGGGACGGGGUCAGGAGCAAUGUCCUGUACAUCCAAACCCGCGAGGACCUCCCAGGUCCUCCAGCUGGUAUCAAAGCCGUGCCCUCAUCUCCCAACAGUGUGGUCGUGUCCUGGCUACCCCCCCAUAAACCCAAUGGUGUCAUCCGCAAGUACACCAUCUACUGCUCCAGCCCAGGCUCCGGACAGCCGCAAGCCUGGGUAGAGGCUGAGAUAGGGAGGGAGAGAGAAAGAGAGAAAAAGGCUCCCAGUGAGUAUGAGGCCAACCCAGAGAUGUUGUUCUACAGGAUCACCCAUCUGACCCGCGGUAAACAGUACCUCAUCUGGGCCUCCGCUGUGACAACUGCUGGCCGCGGCAACAUCAGCGAAAAGGUCACCGUGGAGCCUGCUGGGAAAGCCCCAGCUAAGAUCCUGUCGUUCGGGGGCACAGUGACUACUCCCUGGGUGAAGGAGGUCCGUCUGCCCUGCAGCUCAGUGGGAGAACCCACCCCCACCAUCAAAUGGACCAAAGACAGUGAGGACUCGACUAUCCCUGUGACUGUGGACGGGCAGCGUCAGAUCCUGUCCAACGGUACACUGGUGUUACGUUCCGUCAAAGCUGAGGAUUCUGGGUACUACACGUGCACGGCUACCAACACCCUGGGCUUUGACACCAUCAUAGUCAACCUGCUGGUGCAAGUUCCUCCAGACCAGCCCCGUCUGACCGUCUCCACCACCUCCACCUCUUCCAUCACGCUGGCCUGGAUCCCUGGGGACAACGGAGGCAGCUCCAUCAGAGGUUUUGUCCUGCAGUACUCAGUGGACAACACAGAGGAGUGGAGGGAUGUGUUCAUUAGUUCCAGUGAGCGUUCCUUCAGGCUGGACAACCUGCGCUGUGGGACCUGGUACAAGGUCAAACUGGCAGCCAAGAACAGUGUGGGCUCAGGACGCAUCUCUGAGAUCAUCGAGGCUAAGACCCACGGACGAGAGCCCGUGUUCAACAAGGAGCAGCACCUGCUCACCCACAUCAACUCCACCCACGCGGGGCUCAACCUGCAGGGCUGGACCAGCGGAGGCUGCCCCAUCACCGCUCUGCUGCUGGACUUCCGCCCCAAGGGCACGUGGGCCUGGCAGAGCCUGAAGGCCAACGCCACGGCCCAGCUCUUCCUCAGCGAGCUGCGGGAGGCCACCUGGUACGAGCUGAAGAUGAAGGCCUGUAAUAGCGCCGGCUGUGGGAACCAAAGCUCCCAGUUUGCCACCACAGACUAUGACGGCAGUACCAUCCCUCCUAUAAACUCGGCCCAGGAGGACAGGGAUGAUGUGAAGAAGCUGUUCUCCAUCGGCUCUCCUGUCAUCCUGGUCACCCUGGGCGUCGCCCUGCUCUUCAUCAUCCGCAAGAAACGCAAGGAGAAGAGACUCAAACGACUCAGAGAUGCUAAGAGCCUUGCAGAGAUGCUUAUCAGCAGUAAGAACAACCGCAGCAUGGACACCCCAGUGAAGGGUCCUCCCCAGGGCCCUCGGCUCCACAUCGACAUCCCUCGUGUCCAGCUGCUCAUCGAGGACAAGGAGGGCAUCAAGCAGAUAGGUGAGGACAAGGCAGUGGCCCCAGUGACGGACACAGAGUUCAGCCAAUCAGUGAAUCCACAGAGCUUCUGCACGGGUGUGUCUCUGCACCAUCCUGCCCUCAUCCAGAACACAGGGCCCUUGAUUGACAUGUCAGACAUCCGCCCUGGAACCAACCCAGUGUCGAGGAAGUGUGUGAAGUCAGCCCACAGCUCCAGAAACCGCUACUCCAGCCAGUGGACCCUGAGCAGGCCGGGCCAGAGCCAAUCAACAGCCUCCGCAAGGACUCUGACCUCUGACUGGCGCACCAUGGGCUCCCACGGCAUCACCGCUACCGAGAGUGACAGCUACAGCGCCAGCCUGUCCCAGGAUACUGACAAGGGUCGUAACAGCAUGGUGUCCACAGAGAGUGCGUCGUCUACGUAUGAGGAGCUGGCGCGGGCCUACGAACACGCCAAACUGGAGGAGCACCUGCAGCAUGCCAAGUUCACCAUCACAGAGUGCUUCAUCUCCGACAGCUCCUCUGACCAGAUGACCACAGGCACCAACGACCCGGCCGACAGCAUGACAUCACUCAGCACGCCAUCCGAGACAGGCCUGUGUCGCUUCACCGCCUCGCCACCCAAACCCCAGGACUACGACCGCGGCAGACCUACCAACGUGGCCGUGCCCAUCCCCCACCGUGCCAACAAGAGUGAAUUCUGCAACCUCCCGCUCUACAUGAAGACGGAUCCUUUCUUCCGGAAGCAGGCAGAACUGCAUGACCCAUGCCCUGCGGUCCCGCCCAGGGAGGCCUCCAUCCGCAGCCUGGCACAGCGGGCGUACCACACCCAGGGACGUCAUAUGACUCUGGACCCAUCCAAGCAACAGGCCCUGACGCUAGGCCACUCUGGGUUGGGCAGUCUGGGCGUGAGCUCAGGCACUGCCACCCUGCCCCAGAGGACUCUCACCAUGCCCUGCUCCAACCCUGCAGCCACAGCCUCCACCUCCAGUACCAGCAGCAACCCCACUGGCUCCAGCACAAAGAUGGGGGGCUCCAGAGACUCACUGCUAGAGAAUAGCUCCUCAGCGCUGGGCAGACUGCAGAAGCAAGGGGUUGGGGCCUACUCUAAGUCUUACACACUGGUGUAGCUACUAGCCCCCCUUCUCUCUCUCAAAGACUAAACACUCCUGUCUGGCCCGGCCCCGGCCCACACCCAGCCCUACACCAGUGUUCUACACAUCAGGUCAGCGAGGGCAUGCAGUGCAGCAGGUGUCCCCAGCUAACUGCUAGCUAACAUCUAAUUACCCAGUAGCCUGAUUAGUCUUUAUUCAGACUUUAGAUUAUGCCUCCCAGGAACGACCAGAGACCAUUGUAACCUGCCUGAUUCAUGCUCACCUGGACCUGUAUAAAACAAACUACUAUCUCCUACUAACUACCAGUUCUAGCCUGAUGCCACGCUGCUCAAUUUGUGUGUCUGGUGACACACACACACACACACACAACACACACAACACACACACACACACACACACACACACACACACACACACACACACAGGAAGACCUAGAGCUGUUCUCCAAGGUCAUUUCAAACCAUUGAGUAUUACUGAGGAGCUGAACGGUGAAAGCUCACUGCUCGUGCUGAUGAAGUCAAUGAUAGCAGAGGCUGGGCUAAAAAUCAGUGUUCAUCAUACCCUCACACACAUUAUGCUGGCCUCUAAGGUUUGAGCAGAAGCUCCUGCAGGACUACCAGUUUUAUCCCCUAUAGUCUCGUCUUACUCUCUCUAUGUCUCAAUGUCCAGUCUCACUCUCCAUUGGCAGUUACUCUCUCUGUCUGGAUUCCAUAAGGAAGGAUUUCGGGUUCACCUCACUCAGAACAUUGAGUUUGUAUUUUAGCACAUUUAUUGUUGAUAUUUCCUCAAACUCCCCUCCUCCUUCCAACUCAACAGUAUCCGAUAGCUUUUGACCGAAACAUGACAACCCAAAUGACCCAGCAAUGAAUUAAAAACAUCAGGGCUCUUGCAAUACUAACAAAUGUAGAAUAUUUGGUAUUUUAAAGAUUUCGCAUAUAUAUUUCUAUAUAAGUAUGUCAUUUAAGUGAAAUUAUGGCAAAGAAUAAAAAUAUACAACAAUUUAAAUGUUAAAAAAAAUAUAAGGAGACAAUCUCUCAAUCAUGUGAAGAGCAGUGAAAAUGAAAGAGGGGUAAAGAAUAGAAGAGUAUUAUGAAGAGGGAGGAGCACGUGUAUAUAGAGGGUUUUCUGUAUGUUACUGUAUGUAGACUGGCUGAGAGGAAGGAAGUGACUUCCAGACAGAAAGUGUCCAUCUCAAAGCCCUCUAUUAGUUGGUAUCUCAUGAGGUUGUCAGUGAUUGGUUGGUAUACUUACUUUUCAGAAGCCAAAUAAUUUCCUUUAAAAUGGGUGUUACCAAGGCGACCUACACUGUUGUCUAUAAUUUCUCUGCUUUCGUUCACCUGUUACUUGAGUAAAGAAGGGCCAUGACCUCUCAGGGCCUCAGGUAUGGGCCUUUGACCUGUGGUACCAGUGGGGUUAUAGGGUCACUGUGAGUGGAGCAGAAGUCAGGUAUCAGAGCACGGCUACUGUAUCCCACAGCUAGCUACUACACAGAGUACACACCAGUAGCCCUGUAACCUUUAUCAACCUCUCAGCCCACGUAUUACUGCCUCCCUCCCUCCAAUACAAAAUGUCAGCCACGGCACCAAGGAGGAUAAUCAUGUGAAGUAAGUGAACUGUCUAUCAGCGAGACGUUGCCAGCCAAUCGGGGUGUUCAGUUUGAAUAUGAUAGGAUGAUGUGGUCAGUGGUCUAUUGGUGUCUCUGAUGCUGCCCUGUCUUAAGUACUGUAUAUUUCCCCACUUCUUUCUCCAUCCCCAAUAGCCAUGUCCAUCCUCAUCCCCAGCUCCAUUUUGUGCUACUACAUGGAGGCUACAUCAACACCGGAACCUGUUGGAAUGUCUAUUGAAGCAUCGCCAUUCCAGUGUUUUGUCAUUUCUUUUGUUUUUAGAUUACGUCCAUGUUCAUUUUGAUUGAAUAUGUUCCUUUUAACUUGUUUCUGUUUUUUUUUUUUUUUUAUGUGAUUCCAGAGGCCAAACAGUACUGAAGUAUGACACACCUAUAUCUUUGGCCAGUUUUAGCCAAGUGAAAUCAGGGACUCCUAGCUCUUUAGGUCACACACACAGAAAUUGUGUAUAUACUGGACUGGGUCAGGAAAAACUGCCACUCCCAACUGGCUCUCCCUAUUCAACUCCCUCCCACCUUGGGCAUACAGUACUGGACCUACCGCCAAUACCUUUGUCGGUGUUGUUUAUAGGUUAACUCUUGUACAUAAAACACAGUUUUGUAUGAAGAGCUAUUUUCGUCAGAAUAAAACAGUGCCACAGAUCAGGGUUGAAUCAUGCCCCAACUCCAAAUUUAAAACAACAUAUUGAUUUGAUAAACAUUGAUUUCCGCAACGGGCAACAAAUGUAGUCAUUCUUCUCUAUUCCCUUUAUGUUUUUGAUACUAAUUUGUUGCAUUUUUAUCAUUUGUUAAAUAUAUUUUAGUGUUCCAAAUUCACAUUUUUUUAUUAUUAUUUUUUGUACUUUGUUCAUCCUCAAAAAUGACAUUGCAUGCUUGGUAAAAGGGCAAAGGUGAGGGAAUGAAAUGUACUAAAAUUUUAAAUUUGAAAAAAAAAAAAUGUUGAGGUGAUUCCAAACAUUCGUUUGAGUUGCUUCUAAUAGCAAUUGCUUGUGUUUAAAAUAAAUUUUUCUAUUAAAUUAAAUGAAAAACAAACAAAAAUAGUAUUCUAACACCUUGUGCAAUAAAGCUAUCUUUCUAUA